AUGAAGGGCCUCAACACCUUCCUCUUUCAGCUCGGUGCUGUGUAUACUUCAAUUGUGUCAGCCUGUAAGCUAAAUGACCUUCCAAUACUCUCAGCCCAUGGCAGCUAUGGGUCAAAUCAGUGUAUCGCAUUUGGAGACGAACAGGCAAUUAUUGACAGGUUGAUAGACCCUCAAGCUUGCGAUAUUCCCCGGCUCAUUGAAGCUACUGCGGAUCAGCUUCAAGAUGGAUUGACUAAAGGGUGCUUCACCAGCGUUGACCUUGUUAAAACCUAUGUUGCCAGAAUCGCGGAGGUCAACUCUACCGUUCGAGCGGUCACGGAGAUCAAUCCCGAUGCCCUUACCAUAGCUAAGCAGAUGGACAAUGAGAGGAAGAUGGGCAAACUUCGAGGUCCUCUCCAUGGCCUACCUAUCGUCAUCAAGAAUAACAUCUUUACCGACGAUAGGAUGAGCUCCACUGCUGGUUCUUAUGCCAUAUUUGGCGCUCGAACGUCGGCUGAUGCAACUGUGGCUACGAAACUGAGAGAGGCUGGCCUGGUCAUCAUGGGCAAAUCCGGUGCUUCUCAGUGGGCAAACUUCCGAUCGAUCAACUCUACCAACGGCUGGAGCGCAUAUGGUGGCCAAGUGACUGCUGCAUAUAUUAAGAACCAAGAUCCCAGUGGAAGUUCCAGCGGAAGCGGUGUUGCUUCUGAUCUCGGAUUAGCUUUUGCAACUCUGGGAACCGAGACAAGCGGUAGCAUUGUUAGCCCCGCUGAUAAGAGCAACAUCGUCGGUCUCAAGCCCACAGUUGGCUUGACUUCCCGUCGCUUUGUCGUCCCUAUCAGUGAGCGCCAGGACACCGUCGGACCCAUGACCAGGUCAGUCAAGGAUGCAGCCUACCUGCUGCAAGUAAUUGCAGGCAAGGACUCGAAUGACAACUAUACCUCCGCAAUCCCCUUUGACACCAUCCCGGACUAUGUCAAAGCAUGCGACAUCAAUGCUCUCAAAGGAAAGCGUAUCGGAGUCCCUCGUAAUGUCAUCAAGAUCUUUGGUUCACCGAAGACGGUGGUAGAUCAGUUCAACCAAGCGUUGGAAGUCAUGAAGAAGGCUGGUGCUAUCAUAGUUGAGAACACAGACUUCACUUCCUUUGCUGAAUUCGCUCAAAGCCCCAUCCCUGACGACAUCCUUUAUGCCGACAGCCUGACCAACCUGCCUGCUUUCUUCAAGCAACUCAAGGUCAACCCUCACAACAUCACCGACCUUGAGACUCUCCGAAGAUUCACCCAACAUCAUCGCCUGGAAGAAUAUCCCAGUCGCGAUACUGCCAGAUGGGACAUUGCCCUGCAGAAGGGGGUAAAAAACACUGACCCUAAGUUCUGGCCGAUGUACCAGAAGAACGUGAAGUUCGGCAAUGAGGGGGGCAUUCUUGGUGCCUUGAGACGUCACAAACUUGACGCUGCCGUUCUCCCUACCGAUCUGUCACCAUAUAUCCCAGCUCUGAUAGGGUCACCUAUUAUCACUGUCCCGAUGGGCGUGUACCCACAUGGAACUAAGGUAAACCACGAUAGAGAGCUUGUCACCUCGGGUCCUGGAAUUCCUAUUGGCAUUGGUUUCAUGGGUGAUCUCUGGAGUGAGGAGAAGCUGAUUGGAUUGGCAUAUGCCUUCGAACAAAAGACCCGGGCCAGGCCAAAGUUCAAGAGAUUCAUUCAGCCCAAGAAAGAAGUGAAGGAUAUCUUGUAA